AUGGUCCGGCUAGACUUGGCCGCCGUGCUCCUGGCCGUCACGGCCGUUGCGGGGGCCAUCGCCAACACGCCCUCCACCGUCCCGGGCGCCUACAUUGUCGAGUAUGAGGAGGAUCAGGAUUCGAAUGAACUCGUGAACAACCUCGAAGGCAAAGCCUCACUCCGAAAGGACCUGCGCUUCAAGCUCUUCAAGGGUGCAUCCAUCCAGUUCGAGGACACCAAGAAUGCCGAAAUGAUGGCCGCCGAGGUGGCCGCGAUGCCCAAGGUCAAGGCCGUCUACCCGGUCCGGCGCUAUCCUGUGCCGCACCACAUCGUGCAUUCCACAGGCGAUGCCGUCCAGGCGGUUCUGUCCAAGCGGCAGGAGGGGAACGACACGUUCUCGACGCACCUAAUGACACAGGUGAACAAGUUCAAGGACGCCGGCAUCACUGGCAAGGGCAUCAAGAUUGCCGUUAUCGACACCGGCAUCGACUAUCUCCACCCAGCUCUUGGCGGCUGUUUCGGUGAUGCCUGCUUGGUCUCUUACGGCACGGACCUGGUCGGGGAUGCCUUCAAUGGCGCCAAUACGCCCACGCCUGACCCCGAUCCGCUCGACAACUGCAAUGGCCACGGCACGCACGUCGCAGGGAUCAUUGCGGCACAGGCAAACAACCCGUACGGCAUCCUCGGCGCCGCCAGUGACGUUACUCUGGGGGCGUACCGCGUGUUUGGAUGCACCGGCGACGUCGGCAACGACAUCCUAAUUGCUGCCUACAACAUGGCCUACGAGGCUGGCAGCGACAUCAUCACUGCUUCGAUCGGCGGGCCUUCGGGUUGGAGCGAGGAUCCCUGGGCUGCCGUUGUGUCGCGCAUUGUCGAGGAAGGCGUCCCGUGCGUGGUCUCGGCUGGCAACGACGGCGACGUGGGCAUCUUUUACGCGGCUACCGCCGCCAACGGCCGGAAGGUCACCGCCAUCGCGUCUGUGGACAACACCAUCACGGCCACGCUGCUCAGCAACGCCUCCUACACGAUUAACGACACCGAAGAAGCCUUCGGCUUCACGGCCGGCGAGCCGGGGUCUUGGGACGGCGUCAGCCUUCCCCUCUGGGCUGUCAACUUCGACACGACUGAUCCGGCAAACGGAUGCGAGCCCUACCCCGACAUGACUCCGGAUCUCUCUGGAAAGAUCGUGCUGGUCCGCCGUGGCUCUUGCACCUUUGUGCAGAAGGUGGCCAACGCCGUUGCCAAGGGCGCCAAGUACGUCAUGUUCUACAACAACGCUGGCGGAACAGUGGCCGUGUCGGCAUCCGUAGAGGGCGUCGAGGGCGUGGCCAUGGUGACGGCCGCGCAGGGCGAGUCCUGGAUCGCGGCGCUCAAGGCCGGAUCUGAGGUAGUGCUGAACAUGGUGGACCCUUUGAAGGCCGGCAAGUUCAUCACCUACGCCAAUAACACAGCCUCCGGUGGGUUCCUGAGUGACUACACCAGCUGGGGCCCCACGUUUGAGGUAGACGUGAAGCCUCAGAUUGCGGCGCCCGGCGGCCUGAUCCUGUCGACGUACCCCCGUGCUCUCGGCGCCUACGCCGUGCUUUCUGGGACAUCAAUGGCUUGCCCUCUGGCAGCUGGCGUUUAUGCAUUGCUCAUGAACGUCCGUGGCACCAAGGACCCCAAGACGCUCGAGAAUCUACUGUCGGGUACAGCACAUCCGAACGUGUUUCGGGUGGAGGGAGAGUCUUUGCCUUUCCUUGCCCCCGUUCCGCAGCAGGGCGCCGGCUUGAUCCAAGCCUGGGAUGCCGCCCACGCCACUACGCUGCUGAGCGUGUCGAGCCUGUCGUUCAACGACACGGACAACUUCAACCCGGUUCAGAACUUUAGCAUCUCCAACACGGGCAAAAUAGCCAUCACGUACAAGCUGAGCCAUGUUGGUGCCGCCAUGGUGUACACGUUCCGCGACGGGAGCAUCACUCCGACGGAGUUCCCCGGCGAUCUGACGGGCGACUUUGCAUCGCUGUCCUUCUCUCCCAGCGAGUUCACGAUCGACGCCGGCCACCGCAAGAUUGUCACCGUCACAGCGACACCGCCCAAGGGAGUUGACACAAAGCGCCUGCCAGUCUACUCUGGCUACAUCGCCAUCAACGGCACCGACGGGUCGGCCUUGUCCCUUCCGUAUCUCGGUGUGGCGGGCAGCAUGCACUCUGCUGUGGUGCUCGGCGCCGACGGCGCAAAGCUCAGCCGCGCCAGCGACGACAACAACACCCCAGUGCCCGCCAACGUUACCUUUGUCCUCCCACCCCCUGGCUUUGCCAACGAUACAUCCUACCGCAACCAGACGGAGCAGCCCAAGCUGGUCACGGAGCUGUCCAUGGGCUCAGCCCUGCUCCGCGUGGAUGUCGUGCCCAUGAGCAAGUGCACCACCGUGGCGCAGAACGCGAGCACCAACAUGUUCGGGACCAAGUCGAUCGGCAUGCCCGAGGGCAUGCCUUCAUUCUGGAAUGCCCGCGGAACGCUCGAGUACAGAUGGGACGGCAAGAUGGCGGACGGGACGUACGCGCCGCCGGGACUGUACAAGUUUUCCGUCAGGGCGCUGCGCAUCUUUGGGGAUGCGGAGAAGGCGAGCGAGUACGACCCGGCCGAGACGGUCAAUUUCAGGAUCAAGUACUUGCCCGCUCCGUCGACGAAGCUGAGGAGGGAAAGGGGGAAGGACAAGGAGGAGGGAUGCGAGGAGGGGAAGAGGUAG